CUGGCAUCUCUGGCCGUGAGUCAGCUGUAAAAACAAAAACAUUUAACACUUUGUGAAUAUUUUACUGCGAAAAAGAAGCAAAACGUCUGGUAUCACAAGUUUAAUAUUUGGUGUGGCCAACGGAAAACGCUCGUUUUGAUGCGAACUUGUGAUUGUCGAAUAAUAUAUCUUCCGAUAAUUAAAAAAUACAGUUCAGUUUGUCAGGUGUCGGUGCUUCACCAACAGGACAUUGAAUAUUACGCAAAAGAAAAUGUCGUUUCGUCUGCUAACGACUCGACUUUAUAAACAUGGUCGCUUGUUUGUGCAGUGUUAUUUCAAGCGAGACAUUAACAUUUUGGACAACGGUCGCCUUCGGAGCAUUUCCAGCGAGCUGAAAGCUGGCAGCGGUCUCCAACAACAUGAAUGGAGUCGAUUUCGGGAAGGCCCACAAAAUCUUCGCACCAACGGCCUGCUUCGUCUCGGCAGCCAAGCGAGACGAAUAUUUGUUGACAAUGUGUUGAAUAGGGUAACAAAUCCAUACUCGGCCGAGCUUCGGGCUCAAGCCACCAAAAGACUUAUGUUUGGUGAUUCAGCACCGUUUCUUGCUUUGGUUGGGAUCAGCCUUGCUUCUGGUGAUGGCAUGCUUACGAAAGACGACCAACUUGAAGCAGUGUGCUGGGAAAUAAGGAACGCUGUAGCCCGCUUCCAGAGUAAAGUGAGCGAGCAGGAUCUCGAGAAACAUUUGGACGGAGAAUUAGGUUUGAACAAUCUAGAUGUUGGGCCACCUUUGGCAAAAGGCUGUUCAGCAGUAGUUUACGCUGCUGCUCUUAAAGGAAAGCAGAAACAAAGUUCGACUACUUCGAUGCUUGGGUCGUCGGAGGAGAUUAAUUUAACGACAACGAGGGUACAGCUUAUGUCUCCAAUGCAAGAUGUGGGACGCUCGAUGCACGAAUUUGGUAGCAGUAUGGACAACUUGCGUGUCUCAUUUACUGAAACACGCAAUUUUUAUCCAAACGUUCAUCUUUCACUACAAAGAAGUUUAUAUGAAAUCGCGCAUGACAGUAUUCCACAGACGGUGCUUAAAUCAGAGUCGCUAACUGAAGAUAAAAGAAAAACUCCGAAAGAUAUUCGAGUACAUUUUAAUAGCUCAACAUUUUCCAAACAGCGAUCAAGAAUACUAUCAGAUGCCAUCGAUGAAUAUGUUGACAGACGAUCCACGACAAGCGGUGUCACGACGACGCUACUUGAGUAUAACUUACAGGCCUCUCUAGAACAAUAUCCACUGGCGUUGAAGAUGAUGUUCAACUACGACAUUCAAAGUAAUGCAAUGGCAAUUCUUAGGGCCAUGCACAAGGAAACAGUUCCAGCGAAAAGGAGAAAUCCUACCGAGAUGGACAAUUGGGAGAAAUCGCUAAUGGAGCAAACAGUUUUCUUACCACCUCAUCCAAACAUCGUUGAAAUGUACGGAGUAUUUUGCGAUCAAGUUCCUGAACUGCACAUGUCUUCAUCGUUGUAUCCAAUGGCGCUGCCGCAGCGCCUUAAUCCUCAAGGAUACGGCCGUAAUAUGAGUUUAUUCCUGUUGAUGAAGCGCUACAAUUGCAACCUGCAAAAUUAUCUUCAUCACGCAAAUUCACUGGACAUGCGUACCAGAAUUCUGCUUUUUAGCCAGUUAUUGGAGGCUGUUGCACACGUAAAUCGAUAUGGAGUAGCACACCGCGAUUUGAAAAGCGACAAUAUACUUAUAGAAAUGCGCCCGGAUAUGCCACCGACGUUGGUUUUGUCGGAUUUCGGGUGCUGUAUUGCGGACAAAACGAACGGUUUGCAGAUUCCAUAUACAUCGAGCGAAAUCGACAAGGGUGGAAAUACCGCAUUGAUGGCACCAGAAAUUAUCAACAAGCAUCCAGGGACGUUUUCCGUUUUAAAUUAUAUCAAAUCAGACCUUUGGGCAUGCGGUGCUAUUGCAUACGAAAUAUUUGGAUCCCCUAAUCCUUUCUAUGGUAGCAAGAGCACUCCAACCCCAUUAAAAAGUUCAAACUACAAAGAAACUGAACUCCCACAAUUGGACACAGAAGUUCCACUCAUUGUCCGGAAACUUAUCAAAAAUAUGCUUAGCAGGAAUGUUACUGAGCAGCGACUGAGUGCCGACGUAGCAGCCAACGUAAUGCAGCUUUUUCUGUGGUCUCCAUCAUCUUGGAUGAAGGCUAAUUUCAACCCAUCCAGUAACGAGAUUCUACAGUGGCUGCUAAGCCUAACAACAAAGAUACUCUGUGAAGGUCGCCUACAGGCCAGUAGCGAAACAAUGGGCCGUCGUACAUACACGGAAUACUUGCUAAUUUCAAGCUUUUUGGUACGAGCCAAAAUCCGACGCAUCAAACAAGCUCUCGAUUGGAUUCACGUUAUGCAGUGAGAUUACGUUACGUUGCUUUAAAGAUUUAUUUGUGUAUAUUUGAGUUUAAAUUAUAUUGUUGAGAUUUUGUCAUAGCGCUCUA